AUGUCCGAACCGGAAUCACCAGUGGUGCAGGAAGAGACGCGUGAAGAGACGCGUAAAGAAAUCCCUGCAGCCUCGGCGCUUAUGCAGAAUGCCAAAUCGUUAACCGCCGGCGCUGUUGGUGGUGUAUUUGCCGUCCUAACAGGCCACCCAUUUGAUUUACUGAAAGUGCGCUGUCAAAGUGGACAGGCAUCUUCAAUGUCCCAUGCUGUUAAAGAAAUUCUACAAGAAUCGCGUGGGUCGCUAGUUGCUUCUGUACGUGGGUUUUAUAGAGGUGUUAUUCCACCACUACUAGGCGUAACCCCGAUAUUUGCGGUCUCAUUUUGGGGUUAUGACAUGGGUAAGAAAAUCGUAGCAUACGACCAGCCCUUGUCUCAACAGCCGCUGACUACUUCCCAAUUGGCUACCGCCGGGUUUAUUUCUGCUAUCCCCACUACGCUAGUGAUGGCGCCCACUGAACGUGUUAAGGUUGUUUUGCAAACCACUGAGGGGUAUACCUUUGGGUCGGCGGCUAAGAAACUCGUUCAAGACGGAGGUGUACAAUCACUAUUUAGAGGAUCCUUAGCGACUUUAGCAAGAGAUGGGCCUGGUAGCGCAUUAUAUUUUGCUGCAUAUGAAGUUACGAAGAAAGCACUUGCCAAACCUGGUGAAGAAGAGUUUAGUGUUACAAAGACCAGUAUUGCGGGCGGUAUGGCAGGUGUUGCCAUGUGGACGGGUGUUUUCCCUAUCGAUACCGUAAAGACAAAAUUGCAGGCAGGUGAAGAGAGAAGUAGUUUUAAAAACGCCGUUAAACAAAUUUAUGUGACUAGAGGAGGAUUGAAAGGGUUCUUCCCCGGUUUAGGGCCUGCACUUUUGAGAAGUUUCCCAGCGAAUGCUGCCACGUUUGUUGGCGUUGAACUGACUCAUUCAACCUUUAAGAAGAUGAAUAUUUAA